UAAAGUCCCGCCCCUUCAUAAAGCAUACAGUGCCGCUUUUCCUGACGGUGACACGGGAAUGUCCUCUGACGUCUUGUGUGCUCCGGGUAUGUGAGAAGGAUUAUCUUAUUAGUUGUGCGUAAGUGUCUGGCACCAAGUCCACAUCCAGGACUGAAUGACAGCUGACUGCAAGGCCUGCAUUUGAUCCAAGAGCCGGGGGGAACUCUCACUUUGGGUUGAUGUGAGGGAGUUUGAAGAACUGCUCCGUGGAGGCUUUUCCAAUCUCAAAAUGUCUCUGAAACAAGCAGAAGGCAUGUCCAUCGCUCAGGCUUUGGCCAUGACUGUAGCUGAGAUCCCAGUCUUUCUUUAUUCCACGUUUGGACAGUCAAUAUUUUCCCAGCUAAAGCUAUCUCCAAGCUUGAAGAAAGUGCUGUUUGCUACAGCCCUCGGCAGCGUGGCUUUAGCUCUAACUGCUCAUCAUCUGAAAAGGCGAGGGAGAAAAAGGAAGCAGGCAGCACAAGAGAAGGAAGGCCAUAGAGUAGUGGGAAUUCCUGAGGCGCUGCUGAAGACAGGAAGGCCGUCAUCAUUAAAAAGAGGUCCAUUUACUGGUCGGCAGAUGAUGAGCCCCAGCUCUCGGAGCAACGACACCAUGAGUGGCAUUUCCUCCCUGGCUCCCAGCAAACACUCCAGCUCCUCACACAGCCUGGCUUCUACUCGAGUCCCAAAUUCUCCAAAUCAGUCUGUUAAUCCGCCCACCCCCUUGGAGGCCCAGUCAGUGAUGGAAGAGUCAGGGAAAGUAGAGGAUGCAAAUGCAGAAAACUUAUAUUUAAUGGGGAUGGAGUUGUUUGAGGAAGCGCUACGAAAGUGGGAGCAAGCCCUGAACAUUCGUCAUCACACCCACUCAACCUCCAGCAACAGCAGCCUCAUCCUGCAGGGGGCGGCAUGCAGUGACUCUCCCACGGUAAUGGGGGAAACGCAUGAUAAAGUGUUAGCUGAGAAGCUGGAGUCGCUGCUGCAUAGGGCGUACCACCUACAGGAGGAUUUCGGCAGCGGCCUCCCUGCAGACAGUGUGCUGGCAGACUUCGCGAGUGAAGGAACUCUUAUCCUGCCUCAAGUGGAGAGUUUGUACAGACUGCAAGAUGACGACGCCACCACCAUUAGCUCUGAUGACUCCUUUUUCUCAGCGGCAGAGAUCUUUGAUAAAAUGACUCUAGAGGAGCUCUACCAGCCAAUAAGGCCGGCAGCUCUUUAUGAAGAAGCCUUAACUCUGGUCCGCGAAGGCAAAGUCCCCUUUAGAUCCAUGAGAACUGAAUUGCUUGAAUGUUACGGUGACCAAGACUUCCUCGCCAAGCUCCACUGUGUGAGACAAGCAUUCCAGGUUCUAUUGUUAGACGAAAGUCACCGCACAUUUUUCAUGGAGUUGGGGAAACAGAUGAUUGUCGGGUUAAUGGUAAAGGCAAACAAGAGCCCCAAAGCUUUUCUGGAAAGCUAUGAAGACAUGCUGCUUUACACUCAGAGGGAGGAAACGUGGCCCGUUACAAAGAUGGAACUGGACGGUCGAGGGGUGGUGUGCAUGAACUUUUUCGACAUAGUGUUAGAUUUCAUCUUAAUGGAUGCAUUCGAAGACCUCGAGAGCCCUCCCUCCUCUGUCGUGGCUGUACUGAGGAACCGCUGGCUCUCCGACAGCUUCAAAGAGACGGCUUUGGCAACGGCUUGCUGGUCUGUCUUAAAAGCAAAAAGGCGCCUUCUUAUGGUGCCUGAUGGGUUCAUCUCCCACUUCUACGCCAUAUCGGAACAUGUAAGCCCAGUCUUAGCGUUUGGGUUUUUGGGGCCUCGUCAGCAUCUGAGUGACGUUUGCAUGAUUUUCAAACAACAAAUCGUCCAGUACCUUAAGGACAUGUUUGAUCACGACAAGGUCCGCUUCACGUCAGUGCAGUGCCUGGCUGAGGACAUCCUGAAGCUUUCCCAUAGGAGGAGUGAGAUCCUACUGGGGUACUUGGGCAUAAACAGCCUUCUGGAGCUGAACAAUGAUCUGCCCAGAGGCAUAGAGGCCUCCCCAGGUGCCAGCUAGGGUCACAGAGGGCUUUGUUUGGCUGAUGUGUAAUGAGGACAAGAAACAAAAGUCUUGGUCUUUACAAGCGUGGAUUCCUGCUUCUGUGAUGCACCGAGAACCAGCAUCAUUCGUCUGUGUUCGCCCGACUCAGCUGCUGCUCACCCACAGCCUCUCUAGGAAUGAGCGAAGCCGUUGGGAUCACGUGAUUCCACCCUUCCCUUUUUGUUGCUGCUUUGUUGCAUCUCCAGAAUGCAGACCAUAAUCAUGCAUAAUCGCAGACAUGUGAGGACUUGUCUCUGCCUUGUUGGGUAGUUGUAAAAAAACAAGUCCCUUCCAACUUCAGCCUAUACAUGAGGCCAGCCUUUUUAGUGAGUACUAUGGAUACACAUGGUAUUCAUUAGUUCCCCCUACUAUGUGUUUUGAUGAUUUAUAUUAUAAAUUGAAGGAAUUGUGCUAAACUGAUCAAUCUCUUACAUAAGAAGGCCAGUGCAGUAUACAGGUUUGUCCUUUUUUACUCCACUCUGUUAUCGUAGUUUUUUUUUUUCCAAUGAAUUUUAUUUUUUUUCUUGUAAAGAAUUGUUAAAUACAACCAGAUGUCAUAUUAAAACAUGUGUCUAUGAAGCAACAGUCCAUAAACAGGUGAAAUGGAACUUGAAAUCUGAAUGAACUUUGGAUCUACUUUUGAAAAUGUUCUGUUCGUUGCAUCAAAGUUUCCGAGCUUCAUGUGAGGACAUUUGCUUGCGUGGGUUGUCGAUCCUAAUGUGAGCACGUUUUCUUCAAGUCAUCCUGGUUAAAGAAGAAAGAAACCUGCAGAACAUUUUCAACUUUUGUUGAAAACGCCUUACUUUAUUCCGACAUUCUCAACUCAAAAUGCCUAAUUAUAUUUGAUUUACAUGAUUGAAUGCACUGUCUAAUGGUUUUGGUUCAUUCAUUGUGGUCCCAGCUGCUGUUCUCUCAGUAAAAAUGACUGAAACUUUCUAGGUUUGAACUUGUCAAAUAGUCACUGUUCAACACAAAUGAUUGGAUUUGUUUUUUUAUUUUGAAAUGGUGCCAUCCAGUAUUUAACUGAGGGAAUUUUUGAUUACUUUCAGAACUGUGGUGAAAAACAUUUGUACAGUUUGACUUAUCAAAAAUCUCAGACCGUAUGUGGGUUUUUUUUUGUUUUUUUUUAAAUAAAGUGACAUUAAGAUGCCAAGUUAAAACUCUUUAUUGAACAAAAACAAGAAAAAACUUUGAAAUGCUUGUACCUGCUUGCAUGUGGGGAGAAUUUCAGAAGUAGUGGCUUGGUUUUUUCCCUGUUUCUAUCAUUUAUAAUUUAUAACAUCAACUCAUUCAAAUUUAUUAUUUGUGUUUUCUGGCAUUAAUGAUUAGAGUUUUGCUAUUGUUUAAAAAAAAAUCUAUUCGAUUUUAACUUCAGAAGUAUUUUUUUAAACCCGACAGUUGCUGCAAAAAGGUCGCCCUGGCAUCUAAAAUGAAUUUGUGUCCAAGUACACAUUUAUUUAGAUCCUGACUCGAUUCCUUGGUGUGCAGCUUUACUCUUUAUUUUUUUUUUAUUAUUUUUGCAGCAUUUUGCACUUUAGCAGAAAGAUGGGGGGAAUGUCAAGGAUUUUAUUUUAAUGAUCAUUUUAAGAGUAAUGACGUACAGAUACUAAACUACUUACUGCAUCGCAUGACUUUGUUUGUACGAUACAAUAUACUGUACAGUAGAGAAGUUAUCUUUCCAAAAAGGCUCUAUUAUGAAAUGUUUUGUCACUGUUUUUUUUUUUUUUGUAUUUUUGCUUUAGAUUAAUCCCUCACUUCUCUUGAACUGCUGGAGUUUAACUGCUAAUCAGCUGCUUUGUCAUCAGUUCUUCAGUGUUUGAAUCAUAUUUUAGAAUCCUGACAGGUUUAAAUAGUUAAAACAUUCACCAAAAUGAAUUCCUCUUGCAUGUUGAUAUUGUAGAUUAUGUCAUUGGUGUAUUAUGCAAAAUGUUGACAUAAGCUUUUUCUGUGCUUUUAAACAACAACAACAAAAGAUUUGGCAGAUUGCAAUCAUCCCCAUAGGGCAGGAAUUCUGACAAAAAAAAAAUUCAGAUGGCCAAAACGGAUCUUGUUUUUUUUUAUUGUUGUAAGUGUGCUCACAACCUUUGUUAUUUUUCUUCCUACCGUCACUUCUGGCAGCACAAUCUGUAGAUUGGUUUAAAUUCUCCAUAAUAAAUAUUAUUUUUAAUAUUAAA